UUUUGGUUCGAGCUCGCCCAGGCUGACCAGGACAGGGGCGGUGGCCAAAGCGCCCCGUUGACCCUGCCGCCAGCUGCGCGUUGCAUGCCGGCAUGGGAGGCUGCUGCGCGUCGGAGCUGGGUCACCCGUUGACCGAGUUCGAAUCCGGCCACGUGGCGAGCCUGCCCAGGCAGUUCGUCGUCAGGCUCGACGGGAUAGGCAACGAGGGGCUGGGCCUCGAGGUGGACAUCGGGGACGACGUCACGGCGUCGAUCACCAAGGUGCUAUCAGAUGGCGCGAUCCCAGCGUGGAAUCAGCGGAACGCCCGGGAGCUGGCUGUCCAAGCUGGUGAUCAUAUCGUGGAGGUGAACGGCAUCCGCGGCAGUGCGAAGGAGAUCAUCGCCAACAUCAAGGGCGGCGCAGAAUUGUCAGUAGUAAUCGGUUCUUGUUGCGUUCAGGAUCGCGCGGCAGUGACGCGCGGUCCCUGUCAGCGAAGCGAAGCGAAUGGACAUGCUGGGCCGCCACAGCCCAGGCUACACCCACAUCGGCACGACGCUGCUGGUCUGCCAGGUAGUGGCUGCUGGGUGCGUGGAGAAAUGGAACGAGUCUCACCCGGACGCCGCGGUGCGCAGAAAUGACCGCAUAAUAGAGGUCAACGGCACCAGAGGAAAGUGUAAAGAGCUGAUGGCGAAGCUGACGGCGAAGGACACGGACCUGCUGAGACUUGUGUUGACUCGGUGUGACGGCAAGGGCGCCCCUCCUCCCCUAUGAUGCGUGAGGCUCUGGGCUUUUCCCGGAGGGCGCCAGCUGUUUGGGGGCGGGUGGAUUUGUCCUGGCGCGGGCUUAGUCUUUUUGUUGCUUUCCGCCCUCUCGUCCUGUGUCCUGUGCAGGACCUGCUCUCUAGCCGUGUCCUGUGCAGGCCUGGCUCUCCUGCCUUGCAGGAUCUGUCUGUCCCGCCCUUUUGUCGCGAAGUCGUGGAGGACUACAGGGAUCUUGCACAGGCUCCGAGCCAUUCGAGUCCAGUCGCGACUUGCACAUUGGGAAAUCCACAGCGCUUCGUCGUGCAGCUUCCUCGAAAAGUUCCGCCUGCGGCAG